ACUCGCCGGGGUGAGGGGCAGCCGGAGGAAGCCGGGGGAGUCGGCAGCGCGAGCUGGAGGCGGCGGCCGUUCCCGUCGGCCUCCGGCACGACUGACCGCGGAGAGGCCCGGCGGCGGGCGGGAGGCUGACAGACAGACUGAUCUCCCAUCCACUGGUCCACUCCCAGAGCUUAUUUAAUGAAAAGUGCCAUACACUGAAAAACCAAACAUGAGGGUAGCAGGUGCUGCAAAGUUGGUGGUAGCUGUGGCAGUAUUUUUACUCACAUUUUAUGUUAUAUCUCAAGUAUUUGAAAUAAAAAUGGAUGCGAGUUUAGGAAAUCUAUUUGCAAGGUCAGCACUGGACAUUGCUGCACGUUCUACAAAGCCUCCCAGAUAUAAAUGUGGAAUUUCAAAAGCUUGUCCUGAGAAGCAUUUUGCUUUUAAAAUGGCAAGUGGAGCAGCCAACGUGGUGGGACCCAAAAUCUGCCUGGAAGACAAUGUUUUAAUGAGCGGCGUGAAGAACAACGUUGGAAGAGGGAUCAACGUCGCCUUGGCAAAUGGAAAAACAGGAGAAGUAUUAGACACUAAAUAUUUUGACAUGUGGGGAGGAGAUGUGAAACCAUUUAUUGAGUUUCUGAAGGCCAUACAAGAUGGAACAAUAGUUUUAAUGGGAACAUAUGAUGAUGGAGCAACCAAACUCAAUGAUGAGGCACGGAGGCUCAUUGCAGAAUUGGGGAGUACAUCUAUUACUAAUCUUGGUUUUAGAGACAACUGGGUCUUCUGUGGUGGGAAAGGCAUUAAGACAAAAAGCCCUUUUGAACAGCACAUAAAGAACAAUAAGGAUACAAACAAAUAUGAAGGCUGGCCUGAAGUUGUAGAGAUGGAAGGAUGCAUCCCCCAGAAGCAAGACUAAAGGGACCGUGGAGAAAAUGGAAGGAAGCACACUUCCACUGUUCGUGGGAGAGCUCUAAAGGAAAAACUUCAUGUAAAUAUUUUAAGAGCAUGCAGCAAUCUCGGUGUAUGCAUGAGCAUUAUUUCUUUUGAUAUCAGGAUUAUUUAUUACUAACGUAAAUAGAUAUCUUUGUAAAUAGCCAACCUAACGAGCAGAUCACUGAACCAUUUCUAAGCACAUCUCCCUGCAAGAACAAUGUGUAGACUGCUGUGGUGGUAAUGUGUCUUAAUUCUAAGUGCUUACCAGACAGAUAACUGAAAGGAUUGUAAAAACUAUAUUGAUAUGUAUACUGUUGCUGUGAAAAUCUGUCAUGGAAUAAUAAUGGAUUUUAGGGAAGAGACUUGGUUUUGUUUUAUAUAAAUCAUAUAUGUAUGUGUGUGUGUAUAUACAUAUAUGUGUGUAUAUAGAGAGAGAGCUUUAUGAUGACCUUAUCUUUUAAAUUAAAAAGAGAUUUGGCUCAUUGUGUGUGUAAUGUUACUUUAUAGUCCAGCUCUCCUGAGACACCUUUUUUCUUACUUUUCUCUUCCCUUCCCAGGAAAUAGAGGAAUUUAUGAAGACUUAUAUCAGACACUUGAAAAGCACAAUGAAAUUCUUUUAAUAUAUGCAGUAAAAAGUAAACAUGCAAAUGUAGAUGGCAUUCAGGACUAUAGUUUCUGAAUUUUGUGUUAGCAGUAUGAAUAACUUGAUUCUGUACGAGAGUCCUUCAAAAAAAUUCAUGGAAACUGUAAUUGAAAGAUAAGUUUAUUUUGGUGCAAAAUACAGGAUGCACACAUGGAAUCUUUAAAAAGUUUGUGUAAAACUAUUAUGAAAAACUACAUGCAUUUCAAUUUUUGUGCAUCAAAAUAGACAUAUCUUUUAAUUCCUAUUCCCCACAAACUUUUUUGCCAUACCCUUGUAUAUAAGCUGUUAAGAGUGAGGCUGGAGGUGGCAACUUCACAGAACUGGGAAACCAAGCCAGAUCUGCCCCCCCAGCAUACAUAGGCCAUUGAGGACUCAUGUCUUUGUAUUUAGAACAGUGCUGGCAUGUGUUUUCCUUAUUUAAUUUGUCAGCAUUUACCAAGUGGUUUAGAAGGAGACAUGAUUUAGUAUCACAAUAAUUUUGAUUUGUAACCAAGAAGUUAAUUCUCUGUUAUCUAAUUUCAUGACAGCAAGUAUUGCCCGAAGCUAUAGUGGCAUAUUUAGAAAAGUCCUAAUUACUGGGUGGACUGAUAACAUUUUAAAAAUAACUUGUUGACCUAAAAUGACUUUAUACCCAAUUCUACAUAAAAAUAUAGGCAAUCCACCUUUUUUUUUCUUAAGCUUUAGAUGUUCAACAAAUGACUCCAUUUUCCUUUUUUUUUUUAAUCUUUUUAGGGCAUUAAAUACCUGUUGUGUAUGGAGUCUCUUAAACUGGAACAUGAAAAUUUUAGUGAUCCAACUGCCUUUAACAAUGUAAGGCAGCACUUAAAUUUGGAACCUAACUUUCAGAUGACUUAUGUAAAAAACCUAAUAGCAGUAUUUGUUAUUUUGCUAUAAACCAAGUUAGAAGCUAUUCACAUAUUUCUUAAAUAUUCAUGAGAUGUCUGGUACUGUUCUUUCCCUCAAACUGAAUGUAGCUCAUGAAUAAAUGCACCUUAUACAUUAAAACAAUUUUUGUACACUUUCUGGAGUUUCGGUGCUUAUAUUGUUAAAUCACAUUCAGCAUGUAUAUUUUGACAUUUAAAAUACUCCCCACAUUUCUGUAAAUUAAAAGAGUUGGUAUUUUACAGUUCCUUGGAUUGUGAAAUAAAUGUUGCUUUUUUUAAAUAAUGAAAAUAAAUAUUCACUUUUUGCGUUGUGA